AACAGGCCAUGCGUUAAGGCAGCUAGAUCGAUGCUUGUGCUUCUCCGGCAGCAUGUCCCUGUUGGACUACUGGGACACCCAGCGUCCGAACGCGAAGCGCAGAAAAACCGCCACGGAUGACAUGCCCGCCACCCCUACUAUUUCCCUCGGUGACACGGACACCCCUGACUCAUUUGAAGCCGCGCUGUCGAAAGACGUCGGGGUGCCAGUACUAGAUCGAGUGGACUCAUAUCCUGUCUUAGCCGAGCCUGGAGCGGAACAUGAAGCCGACUUCCCGCCGUCGAACAGUCAAACGGAACUGGAAUCGUCUUUGCCAGCCAUCCAGGAUGAUAGCCAGGCGAUCGAGGAAUACGAAGCAGCCAGGCUGGCAAGCCAGGACGAGCCGGAUAUACAUCAGAGACUACAGGAUGGCAAAUGGCGCAAAGGACGGAGCUCCAUCUAUGUUGAUGCGUUCAAUCUAGCGCUGGAAACUGUGCUGGACGAGGAAGCGCAUCUCUUUGAUGAGGUGGAAAUGGAAGUCUUCAAACAAUGGCGGGAGCUGGACUACGAGGCUCAGUAUCUAUACGUACGCCUCUUCCUCCGGAAAACUUCCGCCUGGCACCGCAUCAACCGACUUAGUUACUACUCGGAUAUCGCAGACAUGUCCCGGGUGGUCGCCUUGCUGCGACGUCCACGCAGUCUUCCCCUUUCGUCGUGCUCGGUGUCCACGGGCGAAAACCCCGCGGAUAUCGACCCGGCCCCGUCUUUACGUCUGGCCGGCGAGUUCAGAUUCGCUGAACACAUGAAUCAGAUAACCACUCUAGAAGAAGCGUCGUCCUUGCUACUUCUUGACGAGCUCAAAACACUAGCCAAAGAAGCCAAGGUGCAGGGCAAGAGUAAGAACGAGCUCAUUGCCGCCCUGCACCGGUCCAGUCAAAAGCAGACCGGUCUAGGCUGGAACAGUAAACCUAGCAACACAGGAUCAACCGGCCCUAACCGGGACAUCCACUUCAUGCAGAAGAUCUUCGACCACACAGGUGAUUGCAUAAGACUAUCAGCUGGUCCACUCGCUCUAUUCGAACGCGUCCACCUGGUCUUCUACCGCUCCACGGAAUGGACUGAAAAGUCCCUAACCACCAUCAUCCUCGCGAAGAUCUCCCGCAAGACGUUCCCGGACUACGUCGUAUGCCGCUCCAGUUCCAUCUUCCCUUCCCGAGAGAUUCUCCUUGAGUUCGAAACCGCUCUGCGCACCCAAUUCCAGAUCGACAAUAUCCUCGAGUUCAGCGGCACCCCCACGGUAGAACAUCUGACCAACAUCAAAGAUCUAGCGUACAAGGUCUACCCGCGUUGGAAAGUCCUCGUGGCGCAGGAACAGCGCAAAGAGGAUACCAUCUACGAGUACGGCGAAGGGGCGUACCUGCGCCGGUUUUCGCCGGCAUGGGUCUAUACACGGAUCAUCCACAAGGGUCUUCACCCGCUCGGACGGUUCAAGGAACACCAGGAGGAACAUCGACUCCUGACCGAGCUCCUUGACCAGCGGCUAUUCCACGCCGCGCGCCGCGGCGCGUGGUACCAGCGCAAGGCUCUGCUGGAGGAACACUACAUGUGGGCCCUGAGUCCGUACGAAGGGCGCAGCGAGGAAGUCCAGCGCAAACACUGGCGGCGGGUUGCGCUGCGGACGUGCGAAACGGGUCUCGAGGACCCCAACUGCCACCUGAUCUUCCAUUACGAUCUGCAGAAACGCAUCAUGAAGCUCGAAAGAGCGCUGAAGAUCGUCAAGCGCGAGCAGCACGAUUUCGGACACGUGCGGCUGGCCAAGCCUGCGGAGCGCACCAUCGAGGGCAUCCAGAUCGUCGAGCCGGAAUCUCUGUCCGAAAACACGGAGUCACCUUCUGGCAAUGGGAACAAUACUAGUAGCAGUGGUAGUAGUAGUACCAGACGCGGCCGUCCCACGGUGUGGGUAGACGAGCGCGAAGGCGGCGAAUGCCGCGUCGAGACGAUGUGUCUGAACUGGUAUCGCGAGCAGGGGUGGAAAGGGUAUCACUCCGAAGGCGGGAUUGUGCGUACUCUAUUCGGCUACCUCUUCUACGACAUCCUCUUCACGACCUACGUGCCCAACGUCUUCCAGACCCCGUUCCAGACCUCCCCGCUCGACCUUCACACCGACGCCUUCUACCCGACCCGCGCCAGCGAGAUCAACCACCGCCUCGUGGAGAUCACCAACGGCGCCGCCGAGCGCAUCCUGCGCGCCGUCCACGCCCGCGAGAGCCCGACCCAGACCUGCGCCGUCGGUCUGGACUGGUCCUUCGCCCUGGAGGAUCUCGUCGAGGUCGUCCGUUGCUUCCCCGGUGAGGCCCUGGCGUGUAUCUGCAAGGUGUUGGCGCAGGAGUACUCUGUUCGUGGUGGCGGGGUGCCGGAUUUGUUGGUUUGGAGGGUUUUUGGUGGUGGCGAUGCUGUCGAUGGUUGUAGGGAUAAGGAGGAGGGUGAAGGAGAGAUAAAGUAUGAGGCUGGCUUUGGGGAGGUUAUGUUCGUCGAGGUCAAGUCGGAGAAUGAUCGCUUGAGUGAUACGCAGCGGUUGUGGAUUCAUGUGCUCUCUGGGGCGGGGGUGAGGGUGGAGUUGUGUAAUGCGGUUGCGAGGGAGGUGAGGGUUGCUGGGUCUUGA